CAUAUUAAACCUAAUUGUACUCGCUACUCAACCCAAAUGCUGAUCUGCAAAACAUCUCACUCCCCCUGCCCCCGUUUUGACUUUACAAAGGGUAUACCCCCUACAGUAUGGGCUCAUUUGGAGUCUAAACACAAGACAAUACAACCUCCUAUCUUCUGCACAGCCAGCAGUAAAUACAGGCUAUACAGGUCUAUACAGCAACCAAUCUAACCACGCCAUAUGCACACAAAGUAAAGAAUUCCGUUCACGACAUGUAAGCUGACCUUAGUUGACUCCUAGUCGAUUAAAAUGCUAAUGAAGUAAAUUGGGUCCCGCCUCUUGCAGUGAACAUAUAACAACGAUACACGCACAUGAACAAGCAUUUAAACCUGAUUAAGACAUCGGAAUAGCUGCUCGUAACGCGGAUAACGACGUGGGGAUAUUUUUAGCCAAAGGUUCGCCAGGAAUAGUUGGUAUUCGAUGGUUGUUUGCAGCACGAAAACAGAAGAGGGUGAUUUGUGUGUAGGGUUACCUUUGGGCGAUUGUAACAGAUUGGUUUUGAAUAACGGCGGUCGUUGAGGUCGACUUUGGUUUAAUAUUAUCAUUAAAACAAAAAAAAUAAAAAAUGGAGGUCCACGAAGCCAACAACACUGGAAUAAUAUUCUCAGAAAAGCAACCAGCGGCGACGAUGCCGUUCCAGGAACCAGAGGCGAUGAAAAUUGGGCGAAUUGCGCUUGAAGUCUUCAUUGGAAUAUUUGGGAUUUGUGGCAAUCUUUUGGUGUGCGUUUCAAUACGAACAAGCAAGCGACUUCAAACUGUUGGAAACAUAUUUGUGUUUAGUCUUUCAGUCGCCGACCUGGGCGUCCUAUUGAUCUGUCUGCCAUUAGUCAAACUCAAUUCAGACUUUCAUUAUUCAUGGCCGUUUGGAGACGUUGGUUGUAAGAUUCUUCUACCCCUGACGGAUGUGUUUUACGGGGUCUCCAUAGGCUCCAUUGUCGGGAUCUCGUUUCAUCGUUACAGAAUGAUCGUACAUUGUAUGAGCCGUCAGCUUACUGGAACUAGGGCAAAGUUCUUGGUUGCAUUAAUCUGGUUUCUAUCUUAUAUCCUGUUCGUCCUUCCACUCCACUUUGUGGUCCAACUAAAAACAAAAAACGGCAAGGAAUCAUGUCUGGCGUUCUGGGCCCGACCACUUCAUCGCCAGCUUCACGUUGUUUUUGUGACAACGCUAUUCUAUAUCCUUCCUCUUGCGAUAAUCUUGAGUACAUAUCUACGAAUCCGACGAAAGCUAAGCGCAGACUCAUUUCUCACCUCCCAGCUACGAGAAGAUCCAACAAACACAGUGAAAAAACGACUGGAACAAAACAAGAAAGCGCUUCAAAUUUUGACUCCAGUUGUAGUUGCCUUUUCGCUUUUGAUGUUCCCAAUAAACGCCAUUCGCCUUGCAGCCGCUUUUGGAAAAAAUCUCCACUUAGACUUCGCUUAUCUUCGUUUAGUUUACAAUAUAAGCGUACUCUUCCUUAUCACAAACAGCUCGAUAAAUUGUGUUAUUUAUGCUAUUGUUAAUAAAGACUUUCGUAACGAGUUCAAACGUCUUCUCUGCUGCGGGUGUUUGAAGCGUAUUGUGUAUAGUCCCACCAAGCCAAGGCAGAGAUUUUUUUCACUUUACUCCACUACAGACCCGAAAACCGUCCAAGAAAUGUUAUCUGAAGCAAUGGAUCCUGUGUUUAUGGAUAACGAGGAGGAAGCGAGGGAAAAAACGGGACGGAUGGCCCGAUUUCUAGAAAAACUAAGUCGUUAUGAAGUCAAGAAUCUCAUGGAAGAUCAAGAAUAUGCGGACACUGUACAUUAUUGCACGUAUGGGGACAGUUUAACUAUAGUUGUCAGAUAAUGUAACUUUUUAUAACAAAUCAUAUUUUGCUCAUUAAAAA